UUUUCACUCUUGCUUCUGACAUCAUUUCCUGAAUGCUAUAUUCACUGAGCUCUGUAGCCAGAUCGUCUUCGCAGCAUAUGAUGCAAGGAGCCCUUUAAAAUGGAUUUCAGCUCUCCUUUUGCUCUGCAGUGCUUGCUGACGAUAAUAACUGUUACUCAUGGGUCUGUCACCUGGACUGGUGUGCUCAGUGGCGGCUCAGCAGUCUUUUCUAUGGGAAUUCAAAAUCUGCAGAACCUCUCCAGAAUGAGCAAGAGGGAUGCAAGAUGUUUGACAGCUGUCUUAAAUGACACUUUGUUGGCUGAGUGCGGCACUUCUGCUGGCAGAUGCCUGAGCUUCCAGAACGGCUCCCUAGUGCUGAGGAGUGUGGAGAAAGAGGACGAAGGAAAAUAUGAGUUUGUUUUUCACAACACCACCAGAUUUUUUACACUGGAAGUAUUUGAGCCGGCCAUUGGCAUCCAGUGCUUCCCUAACGGGACUGGAGAGCUGUUCUGUGAUGUGACCAGCAACGAGAGCACCAGCUUUCGGUGGCUGCUGAAUGGCACUGCGCUGAGCGCCCCUGAGGCUUGCGUUAAGGAUGGUGGCAAGAAGGUUCUCCUGGACAAAACCGUGCCUGGGGAAUUUGUGUGUGAGGUGUACCAUGGGAACAGCGUCACGAGGACCAGGCCUGUUGUGCUGUCCUGCAGCUAUGGAGACCUGCUGCAGUACCCGUGGUUCAUUUACAUCCUGGCAGGGUGUGCAGGGGGUGUGGUUAUCCUGGUGGUGUUUGUGUCCUCAGUCACAUGUUGCUGCCUGAAGAGGAAACACAAGUUCAUCCCAGUGCCUUCAGAGGAGGAGAAGGAUGAUGGACUAACAAUGUCCGUGGUCUCCAGCGAAGGCGCGAAGAGCCCCCCCAAUGGAGACCAUGUCGAGGCUCAAGCUGCCCAAACUGCCUGGCCUCCUAAGCCUGAUGCUGCCCAGACUGGUCAAGGCAUUGAGCCCCAGCCACUGGUGGAAGAAAAUUUACCAGUGGAGAUAGAGCCUGAGGAAAUGCCAGACCCAGAGGUCAUAGUUGAAGUGGAAAGUCAGGAAAAUGCCUCGGACUGUUUCCUGGAUCCAACUGAUGACUGAUCUGGCGUGCUUGCUGUUCCACCCUGUCUUGAAGCCUAUGACACCCAUCCUUUGCAUCCCAUAGUCUCACUGUGUGUAAGAAUUGGUCCAGAAAAUUUUAGCAGAUUAAAGAUGUGAGGUGUCAGGCCUGCUAACUUCAUUAAAAAAAAAAAAAAAAGAAGAAAAAGAAUAAAUAAGGAAAAGCACAUGCAUGGCUUCAAGGCCACACUGCCGUGGGCUGACAGGUUCACUAACAAACAAACUGGGCAGCUCUUUGAUGCUUUAAUAGACCUGUGGUUAAACUGUGGAGCCCUAGAGGACAGCCUGAAAUGAGACAGGCUUCUCCUCCUGCUCCCUGCCUACCCCACGUCCUCACCAGCCAGCAGUUCCUGCAAGGGGCAGGCUUGACAAGGUGGCCAGUCAGUCCCAGACAGGAACAAGGACCUGCCAGAAAUUUCCUGAGAAAGCCUCUUCUAAGGAGAUUUCAAGGCAUUUUUCACAGCCCCUGCAAAAACAACAAAAAAAUCCUCAGUGGAGGUUUCAGCUGGGUAUCUGCUGGGCUGGGUGUUUAUCUGAAUUGCUCCUCGGAGCUCCAGACCCUUUGUGAUUUGUGCCUCAUCUCUCACUGCGUGGGGUCAGGGGUGGUGUUAGGGGCUGCUGUGUGCACACCCCAGGAGGUGACACUGGCUUGUUCGCCUUGCGUUGCCCUGUAAUGGCAGAGGGCUGCCAGUUAUCUUUCACCAGAAUUUUAACUGCUCGGGUUGCCAGUGAGUUAAAAAACCUCUGUCGCUUGCUUGCUUGCUUGCAGCAGAAGGGUGUCUGGGGCUUGGGUGUGUAAUUUUGGCAGAAACGUUGAUUAUAAUGUUGAGAUAAUUCAUCAGUGUAACUAUUGGUGCCUUUAGUUUAAUGAUUUAGUUACUGCAAGCUGAUUAAGCUGGCCAUCUGCCUGUGCUUGUAGACUUUUUUUGGUGCUGUGUUAUUUGCACAGACAGCAGCAAUUUACAGAAUCUCUUAGGCAAGUCUGGCUGCUAACGCAUGUCCUGUUCUGCUCAGUGGAGGUUUGAGAGUGGAGCAGCUGGGGUAGACUUGCAGGCAAGUAGGAUGAAGUGAAGAGGGGGCAAGGACUUGGUCCCAGGCAGAAGGUAGCUGAGUCCCUGGAAAAGCGGCCAAAGCUGCCAGGGGCUGCAGGGCUUUCUGUCCAUGGGGAGUGCUGCAGGGUGCACUGCCAGAGCAAGAUAUAUGCUGUACAAGUGCAUUUUGGUAGUUGGAAGCGAGGCAUGCUCAUGUUAAGCUAGCCCAAUGGGCUAGAAGGGCAUGGUAAAGGAAAAGCAGAGAUGGCCAAAAGGGUUGGGAGGGUGUGUAUUGCAUUCCUCUCUUCCCUUGUCAUUUAGUCCCUGUUUUAUUGUGCUAAUAUUGUGCCAUGAACCCCUCAGAAAUGGACUUAAGGUAUGCCUUGUAAAUGCCGCCCAACGAGGUCUGCAAGUACCCCAGCAAAAUCAAAACUGAGCUGAACACCUCUUUCCCAGGCAAGGGGGGCUGGUGGGACGGCUGCAUGCUUACCUGGAAGUCCUCCAUGUUUGUGUCCACGGCAAAGCUCUGCAUUGGUGACACCCAGCCAUAGGUGGUUGUUCAUGUUGUUUCCUUGUCCUGUGACUCUGCUUAGAAGAUAUUUUGGAUCUUGUGUGCUGUGUUGGUGGUGAUUCAGCCUGUCUCUGCUUUUUAAGGCUGCCAUAGGAAUCAGAUUUUCCACGGUAAGAGGGAGAUAGUAAUUCUUUUCCUCACGGUGCUGUGCUAUAUCCUUUCAGUAUAAACAUUCCUCAAAGGCUGUGAAUUGAGUGACAAAAAUGUGAUGCCGAGCACUUGGGGUGGCAGCUGCCCGUAGGCGGCACAGUGGCAGCGACGCUGGGUGAACAGGGGCCAGCGUCCCUGAAAUAGGGGGCCGUAGUCAGCUUUGCUUCUCUUCUGCACUUUCUGGCAGCAACAGGCAGGGGUCAGUCGACUCCAGUACAUGCCUCAAAGGUUGAUGCGUGCUCUGGACGGCACUGGAAUAGUUGCCAGCAUUUUGGGUGCUGAGGGUGACAGAGCUGGGCCAGGUUUGUCCUGCUGGGCUGGGGCACCCCAACCCCAGCUCACCAUAGUGCUGCCUGGCUGCUAUUCAGCCCUGGGAGGGCUGGGGAUGCCCCAGCAUCUGUUAGCACCACCGCUGGUGUAACUCCACUCUGGGAAGGAUUUUUGCUAUUGAGAUGGGAAUCUGAGACUCGAGACAUCUUUAUGAGGUGGAUUGGACACAGCUGUUUUUCUGCCCUUCCCUGCUGAAGACGUCGUUCAGCAACAGGGCAAAAGUUUCUGUUACUGUGAGGUCAGGAAAGAGGUCGUGCAGCCUGUGUUCUUCCUAUAACUGUGUGUGUGCUCAUGCUCAGCUAUUGUUCUUUUGUGGUGUUUUUUUUUUCUUUUCUUUGCAAAGAUUUUGUUCCUAAUAAAGAUCUGUUUUCUAAUUUUUUGGGGAAAUGUUUAAAUUCUGCUAUUUAAUAACCGUUUCUUUACGAUUUUCACUGAAAAUGUAGAGUGGUUUCCAAAUUUUUACCUGACCAAAUAAAGGAAAGGUUAUAACAAGUUA